UCGCUUUCACUCUCUCCAUCUUCAAAGUAACACACACAGUGAGCAAAAACAGAGAAAAAAAAAACAGAGAGAUACGAUGAUUUUCUCAAAAGAUCUUCCUUCACCUACAUCGGUUUUCACAGCUUACGCAUCAAUGGCAGGUUACAUGAUGAUGAUACGAUCAAUGGCUCACGAGCUAAUCCCUGCUCCGAUCCAAGAAUUCAUUUACAGGAAUCUCCGGUCUCUGUUCUUCCGUUCUUCUUCCACCACUCUGACUCUAACCAUCGACGACGACAACAUGGGUAUGAACAACGAGAUCUACCGAGCCGCUCAGACUUAUCUCUCCACCAAGAUCAGUCCCGACGCAGUCAGGCUCAGGAUCAGUAAAGGUCAUAAGGAUAAACAUGUCAAUUUGUAUCUCAGUGAUGGAGAAAUAGUUAACGAUGUGUACCAAGACGUGGAGCUAGUAUGGAGGUUUGUAACCGACGGCGGAGACAAGAAAGGUGGUGGCGUAGGAGGAGUAGGAGGAGGAGGAAGAAGAGGCGGUAUGGAUGAUGACGGUAAAAGCGAGUACUUUGAGCUAAGCUUCGACAAGAAACAUAAAGAUUUGAUCUUGACCUCUUACGUUCCUUACAUCGAGAGUAAAGCUAAAGAGAUUAGAGACGAGAGGAGAAUCUUGAUGCUGCAUUCUCUCAACAGCCUUAGAUGGGAAUCAGUUAUUCUCGAGCAUCCUUCCACCUUUGAGACAAUGGCUAUGGAAGAUGACCUCAAGCGUGACGUCAUCGAGGAUCUUGAUCGGUUCAUAAGAAGGAAAGAGUUUUACAAGAGAGUAGGGAAAGCUUGGAAGAGGGGUUACUUGCUGUACGGACCACCCGGAACAGGGAAGUCUAGUCUUGUCGCAGCCAUGGCUAACUACCUAAAGUUUGAUGUUUAUGAUCUUCAGCUAGCCAGUGUGAUGCGUGACUCUGAUCUAAGGAGGCUUUUACUAGCCACACGUAACCGCUCCAUUCUUGUCAUAGAAGAUAUCGAUUGCGCAGUGGAUUUGCCCAACAGAGUGGAGCAGCCGGUUGAUGGCAAGAACCGUGGCGAGUCUCAGGGACCAUUGACGUUGUCGGGGCUGUUGAAUUUCAUAGACGGACUAUGGUCAAGCUGUGGAGACGAGCGGAUUAUAAUAUUCACAACAAACCAUAAAGAUAGGCUUGACCCGGCAUUGCUACGUCCGGGUCGUAUGGAUAUGCACAUUUACAUGGGACAUUGCUCUUUCCAAGGAUUCAAGACUUUAGCCUCCAACUACUUGGGUUUGAACGAUGCCACAAUGCCACACCGUCUCUAUCCGGAGAUUGAGCGUUUGAUCGACGGGGAGGUAAUCACGCCGGCGCAAGUGGCAGAGGAGCUGAUGAAGAGCGAGGAUGCUGACGUGGCUCUUGAGGGUUUGGUGAAUGUUUUAGAGAAAAUG